AUGAGUUGUUUCAAACUCCUGAAUACGUUGUGCAAAGAGCUGAACUCCCUAAUGGGAAACUUUUGGUGGGGCCAAAAAGAUAAGGAAAGGAAAAUGGCUUGGAUCUCAUGGGAGAGGUUGUGCACUCCAAAGGCAGAGGGUGGUAUGGGAUUUAGGGACUUAAAAGCUUUCAAUUUGGCACUACUUGCUAAACAAUGGUGGAGAAUGCAGCAAAAUCCUGAUUCUCUUGUCCAUAGAGUGCUCAAGGCAAAAUAUUUCCCAAAUAGUGUGGCUAGUGAGGCGGAGUUGGGAAGUAGACCUUCCUAUGCAUGGAGAAGCAUAUGGGCAUCAAAGAAAGUGGUUGAUAGGGGGUCUAGAUGA